AUGUCCGAAGUCCCAGUUCCAGGCGAGUACGCGCAUGCAAAGCAUGAAUCGAGGCACUUGCAUAGCGACAAUGUCCCUGAGAACCUGCGCGCAGCAAGUGCACGCCUGCGGUUUCCGCCGUCAUAUGUGGUCGUUGGCGUAUACCGGCUACUCACGGACAAGAACCUGAUUAUCCCAGCAUGGCGGAAAUGCGAGCAUGGUGUACUGAGGGGUGCAGGCGUUGCACUCGCUUGGGCAGUCCUGACGUUCAAGAUCCAGCGCAAGUUCAUAGAGGUAUUCCUCAUAAAGUCGCCGUCCGUGACUGGCCUCUCGCGGGAUGCGGUCUUUGGCAUCCGUAUGCCUUUUGAUCUUCCGACAUAUGCCACUCUUAUGUUUCUCUCAACACAGGCGACAGCCAUCGUGACGUUCUUCGUGUCCAAGAAUAUCCGCACUGCCCGCGACCGCGUGUACGAGCAGACGACCACCUCUCGUGGCAAGGGUCCCGAGUUCUGGCAGCCAUACGUCGAGGAAUGGGACAAUCCACCCAAGCCGACCAGGUCGCGGCUCACGAAGUUCGCGAGUAGCGUCUUUGGUAGGGUGACUAUCAAGAUGGCGCUGUCUCCGCUGCAUCUGCUGCCCCUGGUUGGCAUUGUGAUCUCAGCAUGGCUUAGAGCUCUGGGCACGGGCCGUCAUCUUCAUCGUAAUUACUUCAAAGCCAAGAAGAUGACUGAGGACCAAAUUGCUGUAUUCAUAGAAGAGCGCAAGUGGGAUUACAGAGCAUUCGGUUUCGCUGCUGCUCUCCUCGAGGGCUUGCCUCUCGUGGGGCUGCUUUUCACAGUGUCGAACAGAAUCGGCGCCGCUAUGUGGGCCCAUGACCUGGAAAAGCGGCAGCAUUACGUCGCUCAAAUGAAAGCGCAGCGCGCUACCGUUCCACAUUCACUCGUAGAUUGA